AUGGGUAUACAUGGGUAUACAGGGUAUACAAGGUAUACAGGGUAUACAGGGUAUACAGGGUAUACAAGGUAUACAGGGUAUACAUGGGUAUACAGGGUAUACAGGGUAUACAGGGUAUACAAGGUAUACAUGGGUAUACAGGGUAUACAGGGUAUACAUGGGUAUACAGGGUAUACAAGGUAUACAUGGGUAUACAGGGUAUACAGGGUAUACAUAGGUAUACAGGGUAUACAGGGUAUAAUGGGAGUACAUGGGUAUACAUGGGUAUACAGGGUAUACUGGGAGUACAUGGGUAUACAGGGUAUACAGGGUAUACAAAGUAUACAAGGUAUACAUGGGUAUACAGGGUAUACAAGGUAUACAUGGGUAUACAGGGUAUACAGGGUAUACAUAGGUAUACAGGGUAUACAAGGUAUACAUGGGUAUACAGGGUAUACAGGGUAUACAGGGUAUACAUAGGUAUACAGGGUAUACAGGGUAUACAGGGUAUAAUGGGAGUACAUGGGUAUACAUGGGUAUACAGGGUAUACAGGGUAUACAAGGUAUACAAGGUAUACACGGGUAUACAGGGUAUACAUGGGUAUACAGGGUAUACUGGGAGUACAUGGGUAUACAUGGGUAUACAGGGUAUACAGGGUAUACUGGGAGUACAUGGGUAUACAUGGGUAUACAGGGUAUACAGGGUAUACUGGGAGUACAUGGGUAUACAUGGGUAUACAGGGUAUACAGGGUAUACAAGGUAUAUAAGGUAUACAUGGGUAUACAGGGUAUACAUGGGUAUACAGGGUAUACAUGGGUAUACAGGGUAUACAUGGGUAUACAGGGUAUACAGGGUAUACAAGGUAUACAUGGGUAUACAGGGUAUACAUGGGUAUACAGGGUAUACAGGGUAUACAAGGUAUACAUGGGUAUACAGGGUAUACAUGGGUAUACAGGGUAUAAGGGGUAUACUGGGAGUACAUGGGUAUACAUGGGUAUACAGGGUAUACAGGGUAUACAGGGUAUACUGGGAGUACAUGGGUAUACAUGGGUAUACAGGGUAUACAAGGUAUACAAGGUAUACAUGGGUAUACAGGGUAUACAUGGGUAUACAGGGUAUACAGGGUAUACUGGGAGUACAUGGGUAUACAUGGGUAUACAGGGUAUACAAGGUAUACAAGGUAUACAUGGGUAUACAGGGUAUACAUGGGUAUACAGGGUAUACAUGGGUAUACAGGGUAUAAUGGGAGUA